AUGGUCGCCGCGGGAGGCGAACACACGGUGCUGCUCAGGAGCGACGGCACGGCCGUGGCCUUCGGCUCGAAUGGCCUCGGCCAGUGCGCCGUGCCGGCGCUGGACGGUGGCCUGAGCUACACGCAGGUCGCCGCGGGAGGCGCCCACACGGUGCUGCUCAGGAGCGACGGCACGGCCGUGGCCUUCGGCUCGAAUGGCCUCGGCCAGUGCGCCGUGCCGGCGCUGGACGGUGGCCUGAGCUACACGCAGGUCGCCGCGGGAGGCGCCCACACGUUGCUGCUCAGGAGCGACGGCACGGCCGUGGCCUUCGGCUGGAAUCGCGAGGGCCAGUGCGCCGUGCCGGCGCUGGACGGUGGCCUGAGCUACACGCAGGUCGCCGCGGGAGGCGCCCACACGGUGCUGCUCAGGAGCGACGGCACGGCCGUGGCCUUCGGCUCGAACAUCUUCGGCCAGUGCAGCGUGCCGGCGCUGGACGGUGGCCUGAGCUACACGCAGAGCGACGGCACGGCCGUGGCCUUCGGCUGGAAUCGCGACGGCCAGUGCAGCGUGCCGGCGCUGGACGGUGGCCUGAGCUACACGCAGGUCGCCGCGGGACAGUCCCAUACGGUGCUGCUCAAGAGCGACGGCACGGCCGUGGCCUUCGGCUCGAAUGACCUCGGCCAGUGCGCCGUGCCGGCGCUGGACGGUGGCCUGAGCUACACGCAGGUCGCCGCGGGAAAGUACCAUACGGUGCUGCUCAGGAGCGACGGCACUGCCGUGGCCUUCGGCAGGAAUGGUCAUGGCCGGUGCGCCGUGCCGGCGCUGGACGGGGCGCUGACGUACACCGCGCGCCUGCUCGUCGGCGCGACGCUGCUCCUGCAGGCGUCGCUCGACGGCGGCGCGGUGCUCGGCCUGAAGGGAACGGGUCCCGAGCGGAACGGGCCCUGGGCCGUCCCCCCAGAGUCGUUGUCUGACAGUCCUGGGGCCCGUGGACGGCUUGCGGAGGCGAAGGUGCGCUUCCUGACCCUGGGCGGGGUGGAGCGCUGCCGGGUGCGGGCGGCGCCCGGCGCGCCGCUCGCUGGCGUGCGCGACUGGCUGGCGGGCGAGCUGGGCGCGGGCCGGCUGGGCCCCGGGCUCGCCCGCGCCGACGCGGCCCUGCCAGGCGGACGGCUCCUGAGCGGGGCCUCGGCGGGCGAGACCGUCGCGGACGCCUUCGGGUUGUAG